AUGGCCUGCAAAAUAAAUGAGCUUCCAGCGGAAAUCAACUGGCAGAUUUGGUCGUAUCUUUCAUUGGCUGAACUGUCAAUGCUGAGCCAAUGCGACAAGACCAUCAACAAACUGUUAAACUUCUAUCUUCUGCACACCGCAAUAAUGUAUUGGGGUUGCUCUCAAGGAGACCGUCUUCUUAUCCAGAAAGCCUUGUCUUACGGCGCUGAUGCUAGUAUCAUCGAGAUUGAUGAGGCUGACCCUUCAACAUCAACCAAAUUCGGGCUUCCCUUGCGAGACCAUCCCACCAAGAGGCUCACCAGAGUCUCUACCCUUGCCAUUGUUGCUGAGAGUGGUGAUGAAGUUGCUUUUCAGUUUCUCUUAGACCACGGUGCGCGGAUCGAUCCUUGUAUUCUGAGUGACUUAAGAUGGCCGUCAAUGUCCAAAUUCUUGUUGGAUCCACACCGGAUGCAGCUCUUGCAUCAAUGUAUAAAAAACGGGUUGGUCCAUGAUAUUACAAACCACGAGGAAUCCAUCGACAGACUAUUGAUUGAACCAGUUGGUUCAAUUGCCGGCCUUGACGAGAGUGGCUGGUGGGCUAAGGGCGCCAACCCUCAUCUCAGCUUGUUGCAAAACACAGAUGAGGGAGUCAAGAGUGCGGUAGUAACAUUCGUUCUCUUAGAAUCGAUCUCAGUUGCUAGAUUUCUCGCCAGCUUCGCCCCUUCUUGGCACAACCAUCCGAUAGAAUUUCUAUUGCGCGCAUACUACGGAUAUGACUGGCUUCGCCUGAUGCUAUUCGUCCCCCCGGUCAUCCCUAGCAUUACUCCGACGACAGCAGAAUGGCUCGUUCUGAUUGCUGCACACCAGAUGGCCUCAUCCGGAUCCACGAAGAUGAUGGAUGUGCUAUUAGAAGCCCAGAUAGACAUCGCCAAAGACACGCCGGAGAUUGGCUUCCAAUUUGGGCGACGAACCCGCGACACCAUGGCGGAAGGAUGGGUGAUAGACCCGAAGGGGCUUACAGGUGUGGAUGCCGUAUUUGUAUAUGUUCUUGCUGUCGAUUACACCAAGCCUACUAAGCCUGGGACUCUGUCAGCAUCACAGGGACUGCAGUAUCUGUUUCAGAAGGGCGCCUCUCUAAGGAAAAUAGUCUUCUGGAGGCGUGAAGAUUUGUCUGAGGGCUGUAUCCGUCCCUUGUAUUGGUAUGCCUGGAGAAAAUGGGACUGUGAGAGAGGGCUGCUCCACGAUGAGGCAUUCUCACUGCUGAAAAUCCUGCUCAGGAAAGGCGCAGUUGAUUCGAUGCUCAAACACUACCUCACAGUAUGCAAAUGUACAUGUUCGCAAACCCAGUCUGCUCUAACCUUGAGCCAACGACAAGUUAUCCUCGCACGCUGGGCAGCGCUGGUGGAUAUAAUGACGAUAGGCUUUCAUCCCCACGAUGCUCCCAGGCUAAGUCGUAUGCUCUCCCAUCUUCUUCAGUCAAUAGUGAGGGAUGCACUUAAUUUGGACCUUGAUUCUCCUGAAAUCAACACUCCUUAUCUUCUGGUGGCCAGAUUGAACCGUGGCAUCAUCAACAUGAGACAUGCUCUUACAAUACGAAAGCUGAUCGAAAAGGGCGCGAACCCCAGAUGUACGGCUUUGUGGGGUGGAAAGCUCGAGUCUAUAUUGGAAGCCGUAUCAAGCUCCUUCAGGCAAGAUCUCAACCCCGAUACCAUGAGAUACAAGCUUCAACGUUCAUUCGUGAGAGGCCUGAUUAAGCUUGGUGCCAAGCCGCUUGAAUAUGGUGAAUUCUCUAGUGGGUUGGAGCUUGAUGAAGAGAAGUGCUUUGGUUUCGUUUUCGGAUGUGACCCAGCAAGCAAGAGCAUACCAGCGUAUGAGGGCGUGAUCCCAGAGGAGGAAAUCCCACUUUGGACGCUGGAUGGUGUCCCGCUUCUGUGUCUUCCGGAAUCAUGCUUCCCCAAAAGAAGGAUAUGGGAAUACUCGCCCUCCAGAUAG